GUCGUAGUUACCUCUACAGAACAUAGACCGGAGAGGUAGACACAAGAGCUUUGGUGUGUUAGUUAUACAACAAGUUCUACAGUCAUAGCGAACUCUAAACACUCUUCUGGCUUUUGAAUUAUGGCCCAGGCCAAAAGUGAUACAAGUAUCAACAUGGAGAUUUCUAACGGAGCUGUUAUCCACUGUCCUGUAGGAUCAUGCAUGGAGAUGGAAGAUCGGCGGACUGGGGAGGAAGAGGAGGAGGAAGAUGAGGUUGAACUAGCUGAAGAGGUGGAUGAGUAUAUGGACGAUGGUGGAGAAGACAAUGUAAUGCCCUCAACAGAUGUCAUCGUCCAUAAAACAGAGCAAGAGGAUAUUAUGGAAGAUCUGGAGGACCAAGAGAGAGCGAUUCUGCAAAACGAAUCUACAAAAGAGGUAAAGGAUGGAGAGAUGGAAGAUGAAGUGAACAUUACUGCCAAACUAACAAGGUCUAAGCUACUAGUUGAACUCUCAAUUGCAGCGCAAACACAAGUUUUGAAACUUCAAAACGAAGCUGAAGUGCGUGCAGGAGCGUUCAAAGAAGUGGACGAGGAUCGAGCAGAUCACAAGUUGGAAACACUGUACGAAGAUGAAAAGGAAAGCGAUGAACAACAAGUGCAGACUUUGAGUGUAAGUAAGACGGAGACACAAGAGCUGCUUCUCUCUGAGGUAAGAGAGGUCACUUGUUGCCUUCAAGAGAAAAUAGAAAUCGAGUGCAGAGAUGAUCAAAUGCAGCAAGUAAAAAAUGAAAUAGUUUUGCAAGAAGAGGAGCAUGAAGAGGUAAAGGCGGAAGGUUGUGAUGAUGAGGGUGUAAAAAACGUUGUGGAUGAAGAGCCACGGAUGGUUUCUACCAGUGAAGCCGGUUCAAAAGAAAACUUUCAGAGUCUUGAGGAAGAGGAAGAACCAGCAACAUUUGAUAACAUUGGCGAGGCAAAGUCUAUGACCGAGGUGGCUUUAUUUGAGGACUGCAAAGCAAUUGGAGAACCAAUGCACAAUGAUGCCUUAGCCACAAAUAACGAUGAAGAGACGUCCACCAUUAACAAAGCAGAAGAUGAAAAGGUGAUUGACUGGAUUGCAACAGAACAACCUUCUCAAACUGAUCUGUGUGGUGGAAAUAUAGAGGAGAUGGUCCAGAAUUCAGAUCAGUUGGCAGAAAGCAACGUGCAAGAAUGUGAAAGAUUAGAGUGGCUGCAACAGGUGGUGGGUGACACAGAUCUAGGGAACUGUGAGAGAACUGUGGCGGAUACCCAAUCAGCCAUUGUCAAUGGACCCGAGGAGACAAGAGGAGAUAAAGAAGCUGAUAAAGAGGAAGAGAGCAAUGAAAGGAUUCAAAGAGGCAUGGAGAUUACCAAGGAGCCAAAGCUGGUCAAGAAGGAGGAGCUUUCAUCAGAGGAGGGAAGCUGUACAGAGGUAGAACAGUCACCUGAUGCACCUGAGAUUGUAGACGAGGAGGCGUGCAAGAAGCAGGAACAGCUCGGCAAUAGCAAACAGGAGAUUCCAGAGGGAGGUGACACUGCAAAGGAACAGCCAAGACAAGUCAAUGAAGAAGUGCCAAUACCUAUAGAAGGGGGGGCAUGUAAGGAGCAGGAACAGCUCAGCAAUGACAAACAGGAGGUCGUAGAGGGAGGUGACGCUGCAAAGGAACAGCCAAGACUAGUCAAUGAAGAAGUGCCAAUACCUGUAGAAGGGGGGGCAUGUAAGAAACAGGAACAGCUCGGCAAUGACAAAUGGGAGGUCGCAGAGGGAGGUGACGCUGCAAAGGAACAGCCAAGACUAGUCAAUGAAGAAGUGCCAAUGCCUAUAGAAGGGGGGACAUGUAAGAAGCAGGAACAGCUCAGCAAUGACAAAUGGGAGGUUGCAGAGGGAGGUGACGCUGCAAAGGAACAGCCAAGACUAGUCAAUGAAGAAUUGCCAAUACCUAUAGAAGGGGGGACAUGUAAGAAGGAGGAACAGCUUGGCAAUGACAAAUGGGAGGUCGCAGAUGGAGGUGACGCUGCAAAGGAACAGCCAAGACUAGUCAAUGAAGAAUUGCCAAUACCUAUAGAAGGGGGGACAUGUAAGAAGCAGGAACAGUUCAGCAAUGACAAAUGGGAGGACGCAUGGGAGGACGCAGAGGGAGGUGACGCUGCAAAGGAACAGCUAAGACUAGUCAAUGAAGAAGUGCCAAUACCUAUAGAAGGGGGGACAUGUAAGAAGCAGGAACAGUUCAGCAAUGACAAAUGGGAGGUUGCAGAGGGAGGUGACGCUGCAAAGGAACAGCCAAGACUAGUCAAUGAAGAAGUGCCAAUGCCUAUAGAAGAGGGGGCAUGUAAGAAGGAGGAACAGCUUGGCAAUGACAAACGGGAGGUCGCAGAGAGAAGUGAUGCUACAAAGGAACAGCCAAGACAAGUCAAGGAAGAAGUCCCUACAACAAUAGAAGCGGGGGCGGGGAAGUGGCUAGAAGAGCUCAAGGCUGUCAUUGAAGAUGAGCCAAGGAGGAAAGCCCAGGGGGGGCGUAAAGUGACCAUACCUGCCUGGUUGAAGGCCAAUGAGAGCUCGGAUGCCCCUUUCCAAGAGCCACCGAAGACCCUUGGUAGUCAGAUCAGAACCAUGAGUGGGGGCAGUGAAGGGGAACUGAAUAUCAAAACCAAAGGACAGGAGGUCACCAUGGCCAAUGGGUUCCCUGAGAUACCAUCUUCUGUAGUUCAACAGGAAGACAAAAAACCCCUGGUAAUGCCGACGAGGAUAGCAACUCAACGGGAGGGCGAUCCUCAUGACCAGCAGAUCUCCCUCUAUGUGAAGGCCGGCAGUGAUGGAGAGAGUAUCGGGAACUGUCCCUUCUCUCAGAGACUCUUCAUGAUCCUCUGGCUGAAAGGAGUCAUCUUCAACGUCACCACUGUGGACCUCAAGAGGAAGCCGGCGGAUUUACAGGAUCUCGCUCCAGGAACAAACCCGCCAUUCAUGACCUUCAAUGGAGAGGUUCUGGUGGACGUCAACAAGAUUGAGGAGUUUCUCGAGGAACGACUGGUCCCACCACGAUAUCCAAAGUUGGCAGCAAAGCAUCCACAAUCCAACACAGCAGGAAUAGAUGUAUUUGCCAAGUUUUCUGCCUACAUCAAGAACCCUCGUAAAGAAGCUAAUGAGGGUCUGGAGAAAGCUCUUCUGAAGUCCCUGAAGAGGUUGGAUGAGUAUUUGCAGACGCCGCUGCCCGAGGAAAUUGAUGCCAACAGCCUAGAUGAUCCUGGUGCAUCUACACGAGGCUUUCUGGAUGGACCAGACCUCACGCUGGCCGACUGUAACCUGCUUCCCAAACUACACAUCAUGAAGAUUGUUGCUAGGAAAUACAGAGGUUUUGAGAUUCCUGCUGAGAUGACCGGAAUUUUACGAUAUUUGAAUAACGCCUACCAGAGAGAAGAAUUCAUGAACACCUGCCCUGCUGACCGGGAGAUUGAGUUCGCUUACCUGGACGUCGCCAAAAAGAUCAAAUAGUUCAGGAUGACGAGACAAGUAGUGGUAACUCGUAGUCAACCUCACAUGCUUGUGUGUGUAACUGUAUGCGUGUGUGUGUAUGUGCGUGUGUGUGUGUGUGUGCACUCACUGGUGGAGCUGCAUUAAUACUAUGGUGUAUUGAUCCUAAAUCGAUAGAUUGGCAUCCAUUUUCCUUCAAUCAAUGGCAGGACCAGGAAAAUAGUAUAAGACCAGACACAGAGAUGAAAUAUUCUGUCUGUUAGUACUCUUAACAAAUCCAUAUGUAUCUUAUCUGUCUUCAUGGAUGAUAUAGAUAGACUAGCUAUGGUAUAUUCAUAAUGUUCACCAUGGCCUUGACCGAAAUUGAUCUCAUAAUCACUUUUAAGCUAUGGAUCUCUAUAUUUCUGGAUCUCUAUAUUUUGCAUAUUUGUUUUGUUUUUAUCUGAAUUUUUACUUAUGAUUCCUCUGGUCAGGCCAGAAUAUAUACGCAUACAUUUUCUAUUUACAUUUUCUAUUUAAUAAAUAAUAAUAAUAAUAAUAAUAAUAUGGAGAAUCAAGUUCAUUAUUUACAAUAUCACCAUAUAGUUUAAUGAAACUCUCCUUUUAUAUCAUCACACGAAGGCUUUUUUCCACAGGUUGAUGGAUUUUUUAAAAAUUAAUUCCAUUUCUAGGUAAUUGUUUUGUCUUUCCACACUUAGUGCGAAGCUGCUUCAUUUAUAUUUGAUUUUUUUUUUUUUUUUAUCAAUGCACAGAAUUUGUUAUGCAACUGUGUAACCUUGCAUGAACGCCUUAUGAAGCUCUGACGAGGAGACUUUAAUUAAACUAAUCAGAAUUCA